GGAUAUCACUUUCUUAAACCUAUUCUUUAAGAAGUCUUGAUCUCUUUAAAACUCACUAUAAGCCCUUCGCCAUCUACUAAUGAAAUCCACAGAGAUCAGAUCAUACAAACCCCAUUAUCUUAUUCACCAUCUACCAGUGAAAGCGAAAGAGAUCAGAUCAUACAAACCCAUUAUCCUAUUGCUCUGCUCUGCUCUGCUCUGCAGCCUCACCUUUGUCGUAUAGUCUUUGCAAGUCCUAUUUAUAACUCCCAAAAACCUAUAGAACAACCAACAUUCUCUCCUAUCUUCGUUCUCUCCGUUUCCUUCUCUGCAAAUCAAACUCACAAAAGCAAGAAAUUGAGAAAAAGAAGAAAUGCAGAAACAGCCCACGCUUAUGGGUCUUCCUCUGUUUUUCUUCUUCAUCAUCUUCUUUCUCUCAUCUUUGAAUGGUUCGGUUGCCGGAACUAGCCAGAGCUCCACCAGUUCGUUGGCGGCGCAAAACCCAUUUACUGCAAAGGCUUCUUUAAUCCGUUACUGGAACAAGCAAAUCACCAAUAACCUACCAAAACCUUCUUUCCUUCUUUCCAAGGCAUCCCCUUUGAACGCUGUUGAUUCCUCCCUCUUCACUAAACUAGCCACCGACAAGAAUGCUCUCUCCUCCCGUCUCCAAUCCUUCUGUUCCUCAGCCAAUCUGUUCUGUUAUCCCGACAUAGCGCCGAGUUUGGAGAAACAUGACUCGUCUGUCGAUUUCUCCUCGUAUGAGUAUAAAAAUUUCACCAACUAUGGAACGUCUCAACUCGGCGGCACCGAUUCUUUCAAGAACUAUUCCGGCGUCUUCGACAAUAUGCCAGUAAAUUCCUUCCGGCGAUACAGCAGAGACUCCAAUGGUCACAAUGACAAAUUCUCCACUUAUGCGCCCAAUGCCAAUGUACCUGAUGAGAGCUUCAACACCUACGGUUCCGGCGCCACCGGCGGUUCCGGCGAGUUUAAGCAUUACAAUGAUGAAUCCGUUAAUGUGCCAACUCUCACUUUCACUACUUAUGAGACGAACGCCAAUGGGCGGAAACAGGGUUUCUCUUCUUACACUACAAAUUCCAACGCUGGAAGCGAGACUUUUGCCAGCUACGGCAAGAAAGGUAAUGGCGUACCAACAACCUUCACCAGUUACGGCAAUGAAACCAAUGUUGUUGUGUCGACCUUCGCUUCUUACGGUCAGUCCGGCAAUGGCGCAAACGAUUCGUUCACGUCAUACGGGGACAACGGCAACGUUCCAACUAACAAUUUCAGAAGCUACGGCGAUGGUGGGAACGCUGCAACGGAUAGUUUCUCCAGUUACAGAGAUCAAUCGAACGUGGGUGACGAUUCGUUUCAAUCUUACGCCAAGGGAUCGGGGUCAGGCAAGGUCGAUUUCACAAAUUAUGGGAACUCUUUCAACGAAGGCACAGACACAUUCAAGGGCUACGGGAAGGGAUCGGUUGGUAAGAUAAUCGGAUUCAAGACUUACGGCGUGAACAAUACCUUCAAGGAUUACAGCAAAAAGGGUAUCACCUUCGCCGGUUACAGGAACACAACCUCAGAAUCUAGUGAAAGUAAAGUAAGAAUUGCUUCGAAAUGGGUAGAGCCAGGGAAGUUCUUCCGAGAAUCGAUGCUGAAGGAAGGGACUGUGAUGCCGAUGCCCGAUAUUAGGGACAAGAUGCCCAAAAGAUCGUUCCUUCCUCGUUCCAUCGUUUCGAAAUUGCCAUUCUCGACUUCCCAAAUUUCAGAGCUGAAAGAGAUCUUCCACGCAGAGGAGAACUCGAGCAUGGCGACGAUCUUGCAGAACACGAUAGAGGAGUGCGAGAGGAAACCGAGCCGAGGCGAGACCAAGAGGUGUGUGGGCUCGGUCGAGGACAUGAUCGACUUCGCCGUCUCGGUUCUAGGCCACAACGUUGUGGUUCGGAGUACAGAGAACGUGGAGGGGUCAAAGGAGGACGUGAUGAUCGGAACGGUCAAAGGAAUCAACGGUGGGAGAGUGACCCAAUCGGUGUCGUGUCAUCAGAGCUUGUUUCCUUACAUGGUUUACUACUGCCAUUCGGUCCCUAAGGUUCGGGUAUACGAAGCGGAUCUCUUGGACCCGAAAACCAAGUCCAAGAUCAAUCAUGGGGUUGCCAUCUGUCAUAUUGACACGUCAGCUUGGAGCCCAACCCAUGGGGCUUUUCUGGCCCUAGGGUCCGAGCCUGGACUAAUUGAGGUCUGUCACUGGAUCUUCGAGAACGACAUGACUUGGGCUACUGCCGACUGAUCUAUCUAUUGGAGAGAUCUGGUUCUUCUUCAAGCUAGCUUGUUUGUCUCUUCUCCUUCUUUGUCUGUUUGAUUGUAAGCAUAAAAGAACUGGUUAAAAUCGGCCAGGGUCUACUUGUUAGUGUUUGUACCUGUGAGCGUGCCCUGUUUUUUUGCAUGUGUGUAUUAAUGUAAGGGUAAGUGUUUUAA